AUGGCGACUCCCAAUCAACCGACAACAUCCCCGGUCCGCACAACCCCAGCAAUCCACUCGCUGCUCCAGCGACUACACACACAAUCGACGAUCCAAGAAUCCGGGAUCGACCCGGCCGCGAUCGCAGCUCUACGCGCACAGUCCAAAGCGGACGCGGCGGCCGGGUCCGCGGCGCUGGACGCGUUGAUGCUCGACAAGUUCAUCGCGCUGGACGAGGACAAAUGCCACUUCAUGUAUAACCUGCUCGUGGCCAUGGGCGCCACCACCGUCGUCGAGGCCGGCACCUCGUUCGGCGUCAGCACCAUCUACCUGGCGCUCGCGGUGGGGAGGAAUGUUGCUGCGGCGGUGACAGCCAGGGCGAAGGAUGGGCCUCGUGAUGGUGGAGAGGUAGAGGUCAAGGGUGUCGUUGUUGGGACGGAGAAGGAGGAUUCCAAGGCUGCCAUUGCGAGAGCGUAUUGGCACGAGGCGGGCGACGAGGUCGAACGCUGGAUUGAUCUCAAGGUCGGGGAUUUGAACGAUACGCUUGCUGGGGAUCUCGGAUUGCAGGAGGGCAGGAAGGUCGAUUUCUUGUUAUUGGACAGAUUCCCAAACUCAAUAUGGCCGCACGUCGCUCUCCCGGCCUUGAAGUAUGUCAUUCCGCAUCUGCGACCUGGUGCAGUGGUUCUGACGGACAACACCAUCUCGUCGGCAGAGAGCUAUCGCGAGUUGCUGGCGGUUUUGCGCAACGCGGAUGGCCCGUUCACGAGCACCACUUUACCCUUCAAGGGCGGUUUCGAGUUUAGCGUUUACCAACCUUGA